CAGGUUGGUCCCAGGCAGUUAACGCGAUACAGCUGAGGUGUUCGCAAGGAGGAACAGCAGUAGCCUGUUGACAUGAAGCUUCCUGUGGCCUUAGUAAUCUCCACUCUACUCGUCAGCUGUGCAACGUCAACUCCUGUACAAAGCUGUUCUGGCGGUGGUCCCCAUGAACUUUCCGACAACUACAAAAUCGGCGACUGCGUUAGAACUCCUUGCAAAUUGAAGAGGAAGACAGACAUUGUUCUGGAAUUUAAAUUCACGCCUGAUCAAGAUGCGCCUUCUAUAAAGAACAAAGUGAACGCCAAGAUUGCGGGCGUUCCAUUCCCGUUCAUCGGCGUGGACGGAUCCAACGCCUGCUCUCAGGUCUAUUUCCCCGACGGCAGCAAAGCUGGGUGUCCUCUUAAGGCCGGCCAGGAAUACCUGUACAAGAAUACUUUAAAGGUCCUCGAAAUCUACCCGAAGUUGAAAGUCGUGGUCCACUGGGCUCUAACAGCUCCUGGAAACAGGGACUUGCUGUGCUUCAACGUUCCUGCUAAGAUUACGUCAUAAUUUAAACAAAAAUUCUCCAUGAACUGUAUGAGUGUGUGAAGAAGGCCUAUCAUGACUUUGGACGUUUCCGUAAUCAGGGAAUUCGAGAAAAUAUAUUUUGAAGACCUGUCUGUAGCAGUUAUCUCAAACAUAUCUCUUCCCGUCAUGGUAGAUGGUCCAUUUCACUUUUAUGUAAUUACAUUCCACCUGUUUCAGCUUUUCUGUCUCUCCGUCAGGAUCAGUCCAAUAAUCUUAAGAUGGUAGUGAUUUGUGGUAGAAUUCUGACGGUGACCUUUAUCGAACACCUUCGCCUAUUGCCGAAAAUACUUAAGAAAUUCAAACAGUUGAAUCAGUACUCUUGAGUUAUCAUUCAUGUAUAAACUUGCACGGCUCUAGCCUGCAGCUACUUGCACUGAUAUGUCUGAAAUUUAAAUAAAUACAUGAGGACCGGCUGAAGCGACAAUCAUGUAAAAACGUACAUUACACCCGAAGGUUUGGAACAUUCACUUCCAUGUCUGCUACAUACUACACGGUACACCCAACUACUGUAGGAUGCUCUAUCGCAUGAACUUGAACCUUAGUGCAACUUUGCUGUAGGAACACGAAAGUGACCCGAGUGUAACAUUAAAAGAGAAGUGGCCGAAGAAGGAUAUUUGAUUGUGUAUGGGUUCUCGUUAAUGUUUUACGAAAUGUUGCAUAUAUGUAAAAUAUCACAGUUUACUUCAAUCGAGAGAAUAUACUGCCCUUCAUAUUACUGAAUGUAAGUAAGUCUAAAUAUAACACUUCUAGCAUAACUACUUAACUAAGAGAAUUCAUUUGUAAACUUCCAAUAUUUCAAGAUAAAUUCUGCAUGCCAUUAACUGAAAAUACUGCAAUAUAAGCUAAGAGAAAGAAGAAAAAACAUAAUUAUGCACCGUUGAAUGUAAUUUAUUUUAAUUUUAUAAGCUCUUAUUGAAAUUUCUUCACAGAAUUUUUGUCUUUAUGAUUUAACUUUAUUUUACUGGCGCUUUCAUUCGGACUGACACAGUAACAAAAUAUAUCACUGCUCCCUGCAGCUGUAGACUUCAUACUGUGUGCACAUAAAAAUAGAUGUAGAACACCUGA